AUGAUUGAUGCUGCUGUUGCUGCUGCUGCUGCAAUAGCAACAGCAGCAGCAGUAGCAACAGCAACAGCAGCAGCAGUAGCAACAGCAACAGCAGCAGCAGCAGCAGCAGCAACAGCAGCAGCAGCAACAACAGCAGCAGCAGUAGCAACAGCAGCAGCAGUAACAACAGCACCAGCAGUAGAAACAGCAGCAGCAGCAGCCUCACCAACAGCAACAGCAGCAACAGUAGCAAGAGCAGCAGCAGUAGCAACAGCAGCAGCAGCAGCAGCAGCAGCAGCCUCACCAACAGCAACAGCAGCUAGCUGCUGCCGCUGCUGCAGCAUGGGCGGCAGGUUUAUCCAGGGGCUCUGUCUUUGGGGAUCGCACGUCUCCACGGUAGCGAGAGCGGGGUUGCUGCUGCUGCUGCUGCUGCUGUUGCUGCUGCUGCACGUGCUGCGGCUGCUGCCCCCAAGCACCACCGGUAACACACCUGCAACCACGCAACCAGCUGCAGCAGCAGCAGCAGCAGCAACAGCAGCAGCAGCAACCGCAGCAGUAGCAAUAGCAGGAGCAGCAACAGCAGCAGCAAGAGCAGCAGCAGCAGCAGCAGAUCAAUAG